AUGCCUAUAACAGCUCAUCCAGCCUUUCAUAAAGCUUCUUCUUAUUUUAAAAUGAGAAUAAAACGUAUUCCAGUUGAUCCUAAAACACUCGAAGUUGAUGUUAAAGCAAUGCGUCGAGCAAUAACAAAAAAUACUUGCAUGCUUGUUGCUUCUGCACCAAAUUUUCCACAUGGUACUAUUGAUCCAAUCGAAGAUAUUUCUGAAAUUGCACUUAAAUAUGACAUUCCAUUACAUAUUGAUGGUUGUUUAGGUGGUUUUAUUAUUGCUUUUAUGGAUCAAGCUGGCUUUCCAUUAAAACCUUUUGAUUUUCGUGUACCAGGUGUAACGAGUAUUAGCUGUGAUACACAUAAAUAUGGUUAUUCACCAAAAGGAGCUUCAGUUAUUGUUUAUCGAACUCCUGAAAUUCGUUCAUAUCAGUUUUAUGCAUUAGCUGAUUGGCCCGGUGGUAUUUAUGCAUCACCAUCAAUUGCUGGUAGUCGUUCAGGAUAUAUAAUAGCUUGUUGUUGGGCUACACUUAUGUAUUAUGGACUUGAAGGUUAUGUUGAAGAAACACGAAAAAUUGUUCACGUAACACGAGAUAUUGCUGAUGGUUGGAGUAAAAUUGAUGGUUUAUAUCUUUUACAUAACCCUGAUGUAAGUGUUGUAUCUGUUGGUUCGGACAAGUUUAAUAUUUAUUAUGUACUUGAUGGAUUACGUGCUAAAGGAUGGCAUUUAAAUGGUUUACAAAAUCCACCUGGUUUACAUAUUGCUGUUACUCAACUUCAUACACAACCAGGUGUUGUAGAAAAACUUCUCGAAGAUACACGACAAUGUGUUGCUGAAGUUUUAACAACAGAUAAUAUGGAUGAUACACCUACAGCAGUAAUUUAUGGUACAAAUCAAAAAGUACCUGAUAAAUCACUUGUCUGUGAUAUUGCGAAAUUGUAUAUUGGUGCAUGUUAUGACACAAAUAUACCAGCGACAACGACUGCUGAUUAA